UUGAACGUUGAAGAGCUAGCGGCUUACGCCACCACUAAGAGCCAGGCAGGAGUCCCGGACGAAGAGAUCCUGCGUGAGAUCACGCAGAUGCUGAGAGAGGACGGAUGGAAGGAAGCAGCGAUUGGGCCAACGAUCGAAGCAGUCGUUAAGCGAUCAUCAGUCGUAGGGGGGAAGGGCUCACCAAGGCAGGAGGGCUCACCAAAAGCUAAUCAGAACGCCGUGGCCCAAGUAAUGGAGCAGAUGAUGCAGCUGCUCAGCCCAAUGGCUAGUCGCCUAGAGGCACUUGAGAGAAACCAAGCCAAAGGACGUUCGGAGUCAUCCCCAAGAGUCGACACUCCUCCACUACCGCUAACAACAGUCGCCAAGCCAGCAGCCCGCAAGAAUAAGUUUCCCGACCUAGAGCGUUUUGAUGGGACACGUGAUAACUACCUAGCGGCUUACGCCACCACUAAGAGCCAGGCAGGAGUCCCGGACGAAGAGAUCCUGCGUGAGAUCACGCAGAUGCUGAGAGAGGACGGAUGGAAGGAAGCAGCGAUUGGGCCAACGAUCGAAGCAGUCGUUAAGCGAUCAUCAGUCGUAGGGGGGAAGGGCUCACCAAGGCAGGAGGGCUCACCAAAAGCUAAUCAGAACGCCGUGGCCCAAGUAAUGGAGCAGAUGAUGCAGCUGCUCAGCCCAAUGGCUAGUCGCCUAGAGGCACUUGAGAGAAACCAAGCCAAAGGACGUUCGGAGUCAUCCCCAAGAGUCGACACUCCUCCACUACCGCUAACAACAGUCGCCAAGCCAGCAGCCCGCAAGAAUAAAAGUCUAAAGGAAUAUAUGGACAAGGCAAUCAAGCUUUCUAAUGACCUAUACCGGAUCCAGUUGCACGGGAGGAAUCAAAGGAACGCGGCCUACAGUCAUGUGCAAGGUCCCCUGAAGGUCGCUCAGCGAGAUGCUAGUCUAGAAGCGAUGGACUGGGAGCCCUCGAAGGCCAAUCGGGCACGGGAAACGAAGGAUAGACCAAGGCGGUCCCCACUAGACUGCUACAGCUGCGGCGAACUAGGCCACAUCGCUAGAAACUGUCCGAACACCACUCGGGUUAAGAGAGCCAUUCCCCCAAGCAAAGGGCAGAGACGCCAGAAACAGAUCAAAUGCCCAGACGAUAGCGACUCGGAAAAAGAGUAG